CUGCACUUUUUCCGUUGAGUGCUGCUUUCUUUCGUGCGCUUUCAUCUCGCGGAGCGCUUGGUGGCGGGUGGGCGUGACGUUCACUCGGUCGCUCCCGCCGUUUGCCGGCCAACAGAACCCGGACGUGCGCUGACGCGGCAGCUCUGCUGAUCUACCCACAAGGCAGAAGGAGCAGCUCUUGACAUCGGUUUGCCAUGGCAUCUGCACCAAACCCACAUGAGGAGAAAAGCGGCAAGGAAAUGGCCACUGCACAGGCAUGCAAGCCCGGCUCUCAGAACUUUUACCGAGAUGUGGAUGGAGUGUACCUCAACAUCGGGUAUCCAGAGCAGAAUGUGCGCUCCGCGUUAUCCUACAAACCGCUAGACGGUGACCUCUUCGUGGCGAGUUACCCGAAAUGCGGCACUACUUGGAUGCAGCACAUUGUGUACAGCAUACUCCGCGACGGCGCGGCUCCGGCGAACAUCAUGGAAUUCAUGAGCAGCAGUCCAUUCUUGGAAUUUAUGGGAGCUGAUGGAGCGCGCGCUAUGCCUCGGCCCGGGGCCAUCAAGACCCACUUGCCGUUCAACAAGGUCCCUUACUCGACUCAGGCCAAGUACAUCUACGUAACCCGUAACCCUUACGACUGCUGCGUGUCGGCCUAUUACCACGUGAAGAACUUCCAUUCGAUGAUUUUCGACGGCACAUUCGACGAGUACUUUGACAUGUUCGUCCAAGGAAAAGUAGACUACGGCAGCUACUUCGCCCACCUUUUGUCCUGGUAUGAGCACCGCGGCGACGGCAACGUGCUCUUCCUGACGUACGAAGACCUCAAGAAGGACACUCGUGGCUGCGUGCUGAAGAUCGCCGACUUCGUCGACAAGCAACAGUACGGCGACAGGUUGAGGCAGCACCCGGAAGUUUUGGACAAGGUUCUCGACACGAUUAGCAUCGAGUCCAUGAGAAAACUCUACUCCCAGUUGGGAGAAUGGGCCAAACAAAUGGCCAGCAUGCCCUUGGAAGCACUACCCGAAGCGAUGAGGUCGGCAAUCGAAACUGUGAAACAAAUGCUCUCAACGCCUAUCAAAGGAGAUUUCGUGAGGAAAGGCAUUGUGGGAGACUGGAAAAACCACUUUUCGUCGGAGCAGGUCGCGAGAAUGAAAGAGCUGAUUGCUGCAAGGACCGCCGGUAGUGACGUCAUGGAUAUCUGGAAGGACACGGACCUACCCCGAUGAAGAAAGAACAAUGACAAUUUCCUUAUUAUUUUAUUAUUUUUUUAUUUCCUGGGCAGCUAUUCACAAAAUGACAGGUACUGGUUUUUGGUCUUUGUCGUACGGUGAUCGAAUAAAGUGCAUUAAUUUA